AUGGCCGAAAUUGCAAAGAAACACAAAUAUAUCUUAAUUACCAAUGGUGAGAGUUAUGUUGGCCGUACGAUGGCUAUUCAUAUUGCAGAUGAGUUAGAACAUCGUGAAGGUAAACUCAAAAAGAGUCAUUGGCGUGUUAGAGUACUGUGUGAAAACAAGCAUAAAAUGGAUUAUCUUGAGAAACGAGGAAUCGAUGUUAAGGAAGUUGACUAUGAAAGUGAACAUAUGCUUCGUGAACAAAUGAAAGAUCAUAUUAAAAUUAUGAUCUUUAACCCUUUUUGUACCAAAGACGGACGAAUGGCUAUGUAUGGCAAAAAUUUGAUUGAUGCUGCUAUGCAUGAGAAAGUAAAGCGUGCUAUCAUGAUAUCAAGCUUCGGUUGUGAGAUGGCUGAAGACAAUGAAUCUCCCAUGGGCCAGUUUAAACAAGCUGAAAACCACUUUCGCAAAUGUUUCGAAUAUGGUUAUUGGCUUAUUUUCCGUAUUCCUUUCAUUCAGCAAUACAUGUAUUUCUGGAAGAGCAUGAUUGAAAACAAGUCCAGACUAGGUAUGCCUAUGUCUAAACACAGUCUUUUAACGAUGGUUAAUAUAAAGGAUGUACUUGAAUGUGUAUCUAUUGCUUGUCUUUCUAAAAAAUCUGCUGUUUGGUCAGCAUACGCUAACUCGGGAAAUGAAUCUGAUAAUUCUUCCUCUGAUGAUCUUAUUAAGUUGAAUAAACCUUCCUCUAAACAACUUCAAACUGGUGGGUCUCAUUCGACAGGCAUGAAAAAACUCUUUAUGCUUCAUAGUAUGCAACCAAUGAGCUUGAAAAUGAUUGCAGAAUCCUUAAUGAAAGCACUCAAACAUGAUGAUAGUGGUCUUGAUAUUGACACUAUUGAAAUGGAAUACCAUGAACUCGAAAGUUACUUGAAGUAUAUUGCUGAAAAUAUGGAUCAUUGUUCUACAAACCCAUCUUCCUUUGACUUGGCUUCAAAGCAUAAAUCGAAUCAUGAAGACCAUCUUGCAUGGCAUCCAAUGCCAAAGGAAGAUCUUAAGCAUUUCCAGAUCAAACUUAUAAUAGAUCACUUCAAAAUGGCUCAUUGCUCAGAUGUGGUUGCUCCUCUUAAUAACGAUGUACGAGAUAUUCUUGGUCGUGAUCCUAUUGAACUUCGUGACUUUUUUAUGCUUAAUCGUCGACAAUUCCGUCCUACUGCUAAGAAGCAAUAA